AUGCCGACUCUAGACCACACGGCGUACCCAUUCAUCAUGGAGCAGGUGCUCAUGUACGCCUCGGUGCAAGCACUAUUCAAGCUGCGUCUCACGUCCAAGUCCUUCCGCGCGCGUGUCGACAACAUUCUCGCCACCCACGUCUUCCUCGAUGGCGGCAUCGUCGACAAUGAAGUCAAGACGGCCAUGCUCCUACCCAAGGCGUACCGCUUCUAUCCCGGCCCGUCGACCUGGGCACUCACCGCCCCUCAUUCCUCGGUCCUUGUCGUCGACGCCGUGCGCAAGAACCUCGGCAAUCAGAGCUUGGCAGACACGUUCAACACUUUCGCCGCCGUCAACACCUUGCGCAGGUUUUGGCCCUUGGAGGAGGGGGAGUACGAUGCCAUCGAUGCGUAUCCCAAGGCCCACCCGUCCUCCAAUAAAACUCUCGUCGACUUCAUACCCGUCACUCAGGCGUCGCCGCACCGAUUCAUUGCACUGCCAACUGCCCCUCGACAGAUUAUCCACCUGCAUGUGGGCCGAGGCGCUGUAAACACCUCGUUCCACAAUAUAGACCGUCCUGCCCUCACAGACAUCGUGCUGAUUCUAUGGUCGCCCGCGCCUACGGGAGAAGAGCCCGAGAACGUCGCCCUUGACAACGGCGUCGACCUGCGGUUCCUCACAGCGGAGGAGUGGUGGGAGGAGCUUGAGGAGGGGGAGAAGGAGCUCAUAGGCGUCUGGCCUUCUGAAUACUACGACGAGCUGUCCACCUCAGAGGGCUGAGUGCAGGCAGGCGCAGAGGAGAAGACAAGACGGCAGUGAUCGGAGGCGUGCGGCAUUGGAGUGGAGGUGGGAGAUGAACACCACACCCCACAGCUCCCAAUCCCACCCCCAGCCGUCACCCAAAGCACUUGUCGCCAUGCCCACCGACCACCGACACGGCUGUAACCCCGCACGAUGGCUGCCAAGCAACAACUCAAGAUGCAUGAGUUUUUUUCAUUAC